AUGCAGAAUUUAGAGGAGGCAAUACAGCUUUCCCGUGAAGCAUUGGAACAACGCCCCUCCGGACAUCCUGAUCGGCCUUGGAUCCUCAACGAGCUUGCUGCCUGUCUCGCCGAAAGGUUUAACCAGCAGAAGACGCCUGCUGACUUUGAAGAGGUUACGAUGCUCAGGCAUAUGUUGCUCGAUCUUCAUCCAAUAGAUCACCGCGACCGUCGCAAGCAUCUAUAUGAUCUUGCUGUCCUUCUGUGGGCGAGGUGUCUGAGACACUUUGCAUUGCUCAGCUCGGCGGAGGCACGAUCUCUUUGUCAAACCAUCGCGAGGGCCCAUUCAGCAAAUCACUCUGUCCCCACUUCGUCACUCUACAGCCUCUCAUUACGCCUUCGGCACUCGGUUCACCCGCAACAGGCUGCAACAGUCGACUUAGCCGAUGCUGUUUGUCUUGCGACUUCCGUUUUGCAGCUCCGACUACCAAAUCGUCUCACAAUCGCUCGCUCGCUUACCAGACCCACAACCCUUUUCGUUCACCAACAAACUCAAGCUCUUGCUCUGGUGGAACGGUUGGAUGAAUUUGCCGUUCUCGGGCGAGUGGUAGACUAUCUACACAUCCUCGCGAAUUUCUUUAAGGAAAGGUUCUGCAGCCAACAUAUGAUUGCCGACUUAAACGAGGCCAUCGCGCUGCAUCAGCUAGUAAUUCGACUCCGUCCAGCCCGACUCCCUACCCGUGCAUCAUCCCUCCACGACCUCGCAUUAUGCCUAGUAGAUAGGUUCCGCGAAAGUGCUGCAAUGGCUGAUUUGGACAAGGCCAUCGAGCUUGAACAAGAAGCUACGGCGCUAUUAAUGCCUGGCGAUCCGGGCUACGACGUGUCUAGGGACAGUCUUACGACGUACUUGCAGAUAAAGAUCAGUCCGCUCAGUGGGGUGAUCACUUCUGGUUCCCCCUGCGUUAACGAAGUUGACAUCCGGCAAGUCGUUAAGAAUGUCGCAUUUGAGAUCCUGGAAACGGCUCCGACUAGACUGAUAUACACGCGUACUGGCACCUUGUGCGACCGGGACGCCCAGGUGUCACACUUUAUGAACAGCGAGCAGUACAAUCGUCUGCUGUCGUCCAUCGCAACAUGUGACCCCGAUAUCGUUCUCGAGUGCAUUCGUCUUGACGUCUCGUCAUACUUCCAGCUCGCUACCCUUUCUCAUUGCUGGAGUGAUAGCGAGCCGUUGUUGCGCGGCAUCGAGAGCUCCUCUAUUUAUGAUGUGGCAUCAAAGCCAGGUCUUCGAAAGCUUCAAAAUUUCUGUCUUGUCGCAUUCAGCCGGGAUUAUCUGUGGGCUUGGAGCGACACGUGCUGUAUAGACAAAGAGAGCAGCGCGGAGUUGCAGGAAGCGAUAGGAUCGAUGUUCGCGUGGUAUCGAAAGUCCAGUCUAACCGUCGUGUACCUUGCUGACGUUUCGGAGAACGAUUCGCUUGUUAGUAGCAAAUGGUUCCAGCGUGGAUGGACCCUCCAGGAGUUGCUUGCUCCGAGCACCAUACUGUUUUACACACAAAACUGGUCGCUCUACAAGAACCUUAACUCUCCGAAUCACAAGAUGGAUGGCACCGUGCUGAAAGAGCUCGAAAGUGCAGCGGGAAUAGCACCCCGGUUUUUGACAGACUUCUCUCCAAGCAUGGAUGAUGCACGCUUGAGACUGCAGUGGGCAUCGUCACGGCGUACCACCCGCCCUGAAGACAUCGCCUAUUCGCUUUUCGGGAUCUUCAAUCUCCAUCUACCCGUUCUCUACGGCGAAUCUGCAGAGGUGGCCCUUGGCCGUCUUCUCGCAGAAAUCAUGUCGCAGUCUGGCGAAAUCUCUGUUCUGGAUUGGGUGGGAGAGGCAUCACGUUUUCACAGUUGCUUCCCGGCCGAUAUCACCUCCUACCAAGCGUUGCCGUUGUUACCCGUCUUCCAGCCCGAUGCCGAAGAACAUGUGUCGACAAUCUGUCCCGCGGAGGGUAUGUCAAAUAAAGCACUACGAAAGCUUUACGGCUCUCUCGCUAAGUCACCCCUCCCCCGGUUUUCCAGUCGGCGCCUUAUACUGCCAUGCCUCUCCCACCGUGUUACAGCGGUUGAAGUGAAAAAGUCAAGUUCGCUCGUCGAAUACGAAAUUCAGGCCUCCGGCCUGAGACCCCUCCAGAUUACGCUGUCAUACGAGCUAGAAAAUGUGGGAAGGAUGCCAGGUGUCUUGCAGCUUGUUCGCCCUUGGAAUUCAAAGCUACUUGGUCCAUCGGCCAGGUUAGACCCCACCGCUGUACAACAGCUGCUGUUAACAUUGGAGCGGCCCUUUAGCGCUCUUCUGUUGGUGGAGCUACCUCACAACGAGUAUAAACGGAUCGCGUCGUCCACCCACUUCAUCGCUCAGCCCAUAGGCCGCACCAGUAUCCUACAAAGCAAGGUUAGGACUUUUACUAUAGUGUAGCGCGAAGGUACUAGAACACUGCUUGAAGGUUAACACCAACACCGUUUCUUCGCUUCGCACUUUGCCUUCGGGGAGAAGAGCAGCAACCGUGACAUCUUGUCGAAUCACUAUUUGCCGAAGGCGAUGCCACAGCGACACUUGGUCGUAAUCCACAAUGGUCUUGAUUCCGGUGAUCUUGGUGU